GAUCCUAGUCAUACUGCAUUGAUAGUUUGAUGCCCCAUCAGCACCUCGAGUCACAUCUUACUGGUAAGGGGCAACUGGAGAACAUUCGGGAACGGACAUUAUAUUGACUGGCAAACCUUCGAACCAGGCAAAUAAACGAAAAAAUUUGAUAUCACUUUCCUGUCGCUCAUUUUAUACGUUUCUUCCGACCUCACCGCCAUCAAUGCUGACGUCUCAUUUUCCUUGCGGAUCUAUUUGAACCUCCAAAGGCUGAAGCUCCAGCCUGUCUCCUUAUGCAUCAGUGGACCGAGUUGCAUGAGAGUCGAGUUGCACCAAGCCCCAUUGUCCCAACCUGCCGGCCCAGUCCGCCAUUGUCGAAACGGAAACAAUACAGCAUGGCCAACUCGUCCUCGAAGCAGCAAUUCCUUUCAUCUACCACCAACAAUACCAACGAGGGACAUCAAGCUUGCCCUCCUGGGUCUCCAGAUAACCCGAUGAAGAACGAAAACGUCGCUGAGCUUAUGCGCUAUCUCCAAACGCACAAUGCCCCCCCACAAUCCCAGUCUAAUGGAGCUCGCGACAUUCUUAAAGCCGGUCAUCGGCGGCUUCGACAGCUUGCACAGAGACAAAGAAAAGAAUCUGAUCCCAGAUCCAAAGAAGAAGACAAUCAUCGUCAUCUACGUGCCCUUCAGCGAGAAGGCUUCCUCCAGGCCCCCGUUAAGAAGAAGUCAGAACCCAAGAAGAGCUUGGAUAGCUCCAGGUCCAUCUCCAACUUCAGCAUGUUGUCUAGCUCCAGGCGGGAUGUGGAAAGCAUCGGACAGCCAUGGUUGGAGAGGCAGAGUACACAGGACUCGACAGGCCGUCUGUCGUCGCUCGAUCUGAGUGAACUGAACAGCCUCGUCGAGGCUGCAGCCCAAUUCGAGGAUACAAAGCCCCCUCCUUAUCAACCACCAGAGACAACCAGUACCCAAUGUGACCCAGUCAACGAACAGACCCCAGACAAGCCCCUUUCCGAACCGAACCAAAUCGCUGAUUCAACUGAGCACAAGUCUAUUAAAGGGAAGUCCUCUGCUGCUUCUGAAGCUGAAGAUCAUGUCAGUGAUGACAAUGUCACUCCCUCCGAUGGCACAUCUGAUACCAAACCUCCGGUCGAGAAGCCUCAAGUGAACAAAAAUGACAACUCGGAACCUACCAUGCAGGACACAAACCAAGAACAGAAAGCAGAUGAGCCGAAAGGCGAAUCCUCCUCCAAGGGCAAGACAUCUACCUCCCCUGUCGUGCAACACCACCCGAACCCUGCCCCAUCUUUGAAACUUUUUCCUGACACCCUCCCUCCCCGCAUGUCAAGCAAGACAGCAUGGCGCAUCUCCAACUGCCGUCUGCCUAUCCCCAAUGCUCCUCCUGGUCCAGACUCUCAGCAAGGAUCCUCAUCUGCCACUGCAGAGUCGAGCAAUGCCGGCUCGAAGCCAUCCAGUACUCGGCCAAGCCUUGAUGAUUUCCCAAAACCAAAUGGCUCCGUCUCUUCUUCCUCCGCGUCGGCAAAGUCUCCCACCAAGCCCGCAGACCAAAUGCCCCCACCCAAAAGCAAAAGUCGACCUACCUCCUUGCAAAUGAGUGCAAUCAAUGCAUUCCCUCUUCCGGCGCCUAUGAGGCCUCUUCCCUCUUUGCCUGGGUCGGCGUCUGCCCAUCCUCCCCAGGACAAGAAAGCCAACUCAAACAGACGACCGAAUCAAGCCCUUGUCCGUCCCUCAGACCUUCCAACACCACCACCCUCUAUUCCUUCUCCGCUCCCUUCCCCGCGAGGCUUCCCAAAGAACUCUUCUCCAGAAAAGGACAGCCGCCCCCGCUCGUCCAAAGGAUCAGCACCUUCCGAGGCACAAGGCGAACAUAAGGCACCUGGGUCUGGAGCUCAAGAAAAGCAGCCUCCCAAGUCAACAUCGAGUCCACCUGAGUCGCCCCCUCUGGUGAGGAUGCGCCAGAGCCGGGCAGAGAGGGUUCGUGCACUCAAGUUGAAAGACCUGUCUGCGAGUCGCCUGUAUUUGACGGGCUCGGACAGUCCUCGAGGCGAGGAGACACGCCAGUCCUUUGACUCCCAAGUGAGUCCACGGACAGAAGUUUUCCCAAAGAACCGCGAAGCCCCGCCUCUUCCGAGACGCAGUGGAGAGGAUAGAACCGAUGUCGAUAGAUGUGUGCAAAAGCCCAUUGCUUCGGGCUUACCUUCUCCUCCCCCUGUUUCCUCUCUUCCAUCAGACCCACCGGCACACUACUUCAAUGCACGCUCUAACGACAAGCGGCAUUGCACCUCUCCUAUCGCCUCGAACACGGCAUCGAACAAGCAAAAUGAGCUUUCACCUCCCUCUCGGCUUGGUCGAAGCAGCAGCACACGAAGUGCAAGUCUCCGCCACGAACGGGUGCACAACGAAGAAAAGCCUGAACAAUUAGAUUGUGCUCUUCCAUCCUCGGAUGACGAGUGCAUGGGAGCGCACUCCAAGGAGUAUCGGUCUCGCCCCAAGAGCAGUCGCCGAAAGCAGAAGCCAGGACUUGGACUCGACGCAGAUAGUUUGCACGCUGCGCCUCGCGUAAGAAAGGCCUCGUCCUCGAACCCCCUUUGCAGCCCCUCGACACCUCGAGACCGAUCCUAUCCCACCUUCGACAAGUCAUCACCGCAGUCGUUGCACUCUCAAGACUCCCAGGCUAGCCAUGCACGCACAGUGAAGCUGCUGGAAAGCCGCAUUGCCCAGCUUGAACGCCAGAACAAGAUUCUUCAGGCUGCUCUUUCUGCAGCUUUGGAUGCAGGAGGAAAGGAUGAAAAUGCGUUGGGAAUGUCUACCUCCACGUCAGUGUCUGCAUCUACUGCCUCUUCGGCGACCGGAACAUCUUUCUCGUCUACGACGACCCCUUCCCCAGUGGAAGAGACAAUCCCUGAACAGGGCAAGCAAUCGCGCAUGGGCAGCUCUUCAGGCCCCGCUGGUUGGAAUGUAUCUCGGAACAAUGGACCGCGAGCCAGUACCGCCACCACGAGCUCUAGAGGUUCCAACUUCAAGGAACUGGAGGACAUCAUCGCGGGGUUUGAAUUUGGCUGGACAUUAGAUGUACCCAACGGACCCGGGGCAACCCAACCUGCACAGAAUUGAUUAAAUGAUUUUUUUUUUGCGUGCAUAUACUUGUUUUUGCUUAUCGACACUCAUUCGAAUACUCGUUCUUUCUUUUCUAUGACUUACAUAUCUUUCUCUGACUGACCAUGAUACUGUGACUGACCUCAUAACCUUUCUCAUGCAAUAUUUUCUAACCUUUAUGUUUCAUUCUUUUGUCUCUCAUUUUUGGGUGUUGUUUUCACUCAUAUGAUACCAUCUGUUUUAUCUUUUUUUAUACUGAUCUUGUGAUCGAAUUUGACCUCUAUAUAUAUGUUUCCGCUUUGUAUUGACUUGGAAAUUCAGUAGACAAUGUUUCGACAUUGGUCUAUUAAUGUAUAAUAUGAAAUAUACCCAAUAAAAUAACCAAUAUCGAAUAUUGACUCCGUAUCUACUCUAUAAAAUCGUAAAACAUCGAAUAUCGAUCUGACCAUUUUGACA